GGCAACACUGUCCAUGAACUUCGACUCUAGAUUUACGACGUUCUAGUGUGUUUUUAUGACUUAAUAACUGAAUAUGACAAUUCUCUCAUCUUAUGUGUGUAUGUAAAUAUUAUGCGUCUAAUUUGUUUACAGUAGAUGAUAAGUUUCUGCUUUAUUUGACGGUUUAUGGCGACCGGUGGAUCAUGGCAAACAUAGCAGUUCAGCGUAUCAAACGAGAGUUUAAGGAAGUUGUAAAGAGUGAGGAGGCUGCAAAAUGUGCAAUUAGUGUGGAAAUAGUUAAUGAUACUUAUACAGAAUUAAAGGGUGAAAUUUCUGGACCACCGGACACACCAUAUGAAGGAGGAAAUUUUAUUUUAGAAAUCAAAGUACCAGAAACAUACCCAUUUAAUCCACCCAAAGUUCGCUUUGUCACAAAAAUAUGGCAUCCAAAUAUCAGUUCAGUUACAGGAGCAAUCUGCUUAGAUAUUUUAAAAGAUCAGUGGGCUGCUGCAAUGACUCUGAGGACAGUGUUAUUAUCUCUUCAAGCUUUAUUAGCUGCUGCUGAGCCUGAUGAUCCUCAAGAUGCUGUAGUAGCUAAGCAGUAUAAGGAAGAUCCUGAAAUGUUUAAACUCACUGCCAGACAUUGGGCUCAAGCUUAUGCUGGAGCUCCACCAUUCCCUUCAGAUUUUGAUGACAAGAUAAAAAGGUUGAUGGACAUGGGUGUUGAUGAAUUUGCUAGUGAUAUGAGCUGUUAUGAAUUAUUAAAUUUGAAGUAUGAAAUAGCACAAAGCUCGUGUGGCCUUAUCUUCUUGUUCCUGGAACCUGGAGAAGGCAACUGAAACACUGUUCAGCUAGGUCACCAUUCAUUUCAUUGACAACUGAAUUAACUCUGUGCACAUGCCAUCUAAAAUUCUCCAGAUUAUUGGUUGACAAAAUUUAGAAAUAGUAUGUUAUGUAACAAAAUGUGUUUAUUUUCAAGUUUAAAGACUUUCUAAUGAACGUUCAUUAAUGAAUAAAUUGCUAUAUCUUAAAUUUUUGCAAUGCCUGCUGUUAUUAUAAUUUGGUUGAUUUUGAUGGCAGAUAAUUCAAAAGAUGUGGAAUUCUAGCUUAAUAAACAUCAACAGUUGUAUAAAAUGUUAAUGCCAAGAUUGGUUCUCAGAAUGAAUAAAAUUAUUUGAUUUCUUGAUUCUAUAA